AUGACAGACUUCCCCUCCAACGGCCAGAACGGCCAAACGCAGGAGCGCCAGUUUGCGACGCUGGCCGUCCAUGCAGGGGCGCCCCACGAUCCCACCACCGGGGCUGUCAUUGCGCCGAUCUCCCUGUCUACUACAUUCGCCCAGGAAAGCGUCGGAAAGCCGGUAGGGCUGUAUGAAUACACUCGCAGCUCAAACCCCAACCGAGAUAACUUCGAAGAGGCCGUUGCUGCUCUCGAACAUGCGAAAUACGCCUUAGCUUUCUCCUCCGGUUCUGCCACAACGGCAACGCUCCUCCACUCUUUAGCUCCCGGCUCGCACGUCGUUUCCGUCUCGGACGUAUACGGAGGAACACAUAGAUACUUCACCAAGGUCGCUUCGGCGCAUGGCGUGGAGGUGUCGUUUACCUCGUGCUUAGAGUUGGAUGUGGAAAAGCUGAUCCGGCCAAACGAAACCAAGCUGGUGUGGAUCGAGACUCCGUCAAAUCCCACCCUGUCUCUGGUUGAUAUUCGCAAAGUUGCCGCAAUCGCGCAUCGCCAUGGCGUCUUGGUCGUAGUCGACAAUACGUUCAUGAGCCCAUACGUUCAGAACCCGUUGGACCACGGUGCUGACGUCGUCGUCCACUCUGUUACGAAGUACAUUAAUGGACAUUCCGAUGUUUUAAUGGGUGUCGCAGCCUUUAACUCAGAAGAUUUGAAGGAGCGUUAUACGUUCCUCCAAAAUGCAAUCGGCGCCGUACCAUCCGCGUUUGAUUGCUGGCUUGCUCAUCGUGGUCUGAAGACUCUACACUUGCGUGCUCGCGAAGCCACCACCAACGCCACAUCUGUUGCUCAGGCGCUUGAAUUUUCGCCUCAUGUGAUCUCCGUGAAUUACCCUGGUCUCGAGUCUCACCGGGACCGAGAGAUUGCCGUUCGGCAACAUCGCCAAGGAAUGGGUGGUGGUAUGCUGAGUUUCCGAAUUCGCGGAGGUCAAAAAGCAGCCCACCUUUUCUGCGAAUAUACCAAGAUAUUCACCCUUGCAGAGAGCUUAGGGGGUAUCGAGAGUCUUUGCGAAGUUCCUGCUAGCAUGACUCACGCCGGAAUUCCGAAGGAGGAGCGCGAGGCCGCCGGUGUUUACGACGACUUGAUCCGCAUGAGCUGCGGUAUUGAGGAUGCGAAGGACCUCACAACCGACACGCUACAGGCUCUCGAGAGGGCUGUGGCUGUAAGUGAAUCUACGAAGAACGGGAGUGCAUAG